GAGAGAUCGAAGCCAAAACUCGAACAGCUCUCUCGAGCUCCUGCUCUUCUCUUUCCACGUUGCUUCUCUCUCUCUCCCUCUCCCUCUCCCUCUCCCCCCAUUAAAUCGGCCAUUGGAGGUCACGGAGGAGAAUCCGACGCUGAUAAUCUAGUAAGUGCUUUGUCUUCACCGCAGAGAUCGGAGUUGAAUACAAAAUCUCAGAAGAUGGAUACCGACGAGGAUCUGUGCCAGAACAAUUGGGGGAACUCUUCUUCCAUAGGUGAGAAACUGCCCGAACCGGGUUCUUCUGGAAAUAACAGGUCCUUCACAGCAUCUGCAUCGCAGCAGAAAUGGGAAGACACGUCUAUCUUAGACUUCGACAUGAGAAUCGAGCCUGGCAUGCAAAUGUUUGGUCAAAUGAAAGAUCCUGGCCAAGAUAACAGUCAAGUGAACAAUGAUCCUCUGCAAGGAGGUAAGGUGCAGACUUGGGACCCGAGAGCAAUGCUGAACAAUCUAUCCUUUUUGGAACAGAAGAUCCACCAGCUUCAGGAUCUCGUUCAUCUGAUAGUUGGGCGAGGUGGGCAGCUUGUGAGCCGUCCGGAUGAACUCGUGGCUCAGCAACAGCAGCUUAUAACCGCAGAUCUUACUUCCAUAAUCAUACAGCUGAUUUCCACUGCAGGCAGUCUUCUUCCAUCUGUUAAGAAUAAUAUGUCAACGCUGGGUCCAUAUACUGGACUGCCUGGUUCAGCCCUGUUUCCCUACUAUGCAAGGGAAACUGAUAACUUUGGCUCACAGACUCAACUAAAAGACAACUGUGGUGCCCAAGACUCUGAUUUGUCUAAACGGAUUGAUCCUUCUGGCGAUUCAAAGAUUGAUGAGAAAGAUAGCCAUGUUGUGGAAGAACAUGAAAUGAAAGACGAAGAUGAUGUAGAGGAAGGAGAGAACCUUCCUCCGGGUUCAUACGAGAUAUUGCAGCUGGAGAAAGAGGAGAUUCUCGCACCACACACACAUUUCUGCACGAUAUGCGGGAAGGGUUUCAAAAGAGAUGCGAAUCUGAGAAUGCACAUGAGAGGCCAUGGGGAUGAGUACAAGACACCGGCUGCUCUUGCUAAGCCACACAAAGAAUCCGGUUCUGGGUCUGAGCCGAUUCUGAUAAAGAGAUACUCGUGCCCAUUCCCCGGCUGCAAACGCAAUAAGGAUCACAAAAAGUUUCAGCCUUUGAAGACAAUCCUAUGCGUGAAGAACCAUUACAAACGCACCCACUGCGACAAAAGCUUCACUUGCAGCCGAUGCCAUGCCAAGAAGUUCUCGGUCCUCGCUGAUCUCAAGACACAUGAGAAGCACUGCGGGAAAAACAAGUGGCUCUGUUCCUGCGGGACCACGUUUUCAAGGAAAGACAAGCUCUUUGGCCACAUUGCUCUGUUUCAGGGCCACACUCCUGCAAUCCCGGUGGAAGAGGCAAAACCGUCAUCUGGACAGAGAGACACCUUUGAAGCUGUGAACGACAACCCGGGAAUGGUGAGUUUCAGUUUCGGAACUUCAAACGCUGUUGAUCGGGAAACCACACAGCCCGGAAUCUUGGAAAUGAAAGGGAACUUUGAUGUUUCUUCCAACUGUUUUUCGCCUCUGAUGAGCUUCGAUACAUUCGGAGGCUUCCAUGAAUUCCCAAGGUCGAUGUUCGAUGAUUCAGACAGUUCUUUUCAACUGCUUAUUUCAGGUGCCUGUGGUUUCUCACCAAGAAAUGAUGGUGGUUCUGUCUCAAAUAGUAAUCUCUAACUACCUAUGUUGCCCUUGUGUUCUCUGUUCCAAGUAUGUUCUCAUUUGUUGUAAGAUGUUUUUUUAGGCUCUCUCCCUUUUCUCUGUAAUUUGUUCUCUCCCAAAUAAUAUCAGGAAGUAUGCUCAUUUUGUUAUAAA